GUUCUCCUCUCUAACUGGCUCAUUAUAAUCUCUGGGACUGAUAAAAGGAGUUCUACAAUCAGAGAGCAACUGUAGUAUAGUCCUCCUUGGCACAUAACAUUUGAAGAAGGAAGAACAAAAAUAUAAGGUUUUAAGGUGCAAAAUGAAGCUUCUCCUCUUCACAACAUUUGUAGCCACCAUCUGCUAUGUCAGUGCAGGCAAGACACAGAGGCUGCUUGCAGCCUUGAAUGGAGGCUUGAUGGCUGGUGUGAACGGUGGACUGGCAAACAGAGUAAACCCCGCGUUGAUGGCUGGAGGCCUGAACCUACCAUUGGUAGCUGGUGGUGGGGCAGGUUUGAUUGGACAGCCGCAGUUUGCCCAGUUUGUCCCUGGAAUUCCUGCUUUUGCUGUACCGGGCCCCGUUCCCAACGUGUACCCGGUCCCUGUGGGCAAUGCAGUUCCUUACGUGGGAGUUCCUCAAAUGGCACCAGUGAAUCCUCCUCAGCAGCCUCUGAUGGGGGUUCCAGGUGGUGUCAUGCCACCACAGCAGCUUCCCCUUCAGCCUGAUCCACUGAGAAGAUUCAGGCGUCAGAUCAUGAAACAGGGCAACACCAUAAAGACCACUGUGGAUACUCAGAUUCCGGCUCCUACUGACACAAUAACAACAACUGUGUGUGAUGAAGAUGAUCAUCAUGAGGAUAAUUAAGAAGACACUGCAAUGUACAACAUGACAAUAAAACUUAUGAUUUUGUCACCAAUGACCAUGGAAGCUGUGUGUGACUAACAGUUGUAUGGGUCUCAGUAAGAAAACAUGUACAUGUUCAAUUUCAAAUAAAAAUAAAUUCUACU